AUGAAGCCGCAUAAGAAGAAAAAGGUCGAGCCCCAGGCAAAGGAGGCCGAAUUAUUUCUCCCUACUGGGACCGAUGCUGAUAAUGCUGAUCGAUCACACACACUGCCCGAAUCUCUUUUGCGCGUUGAGGUCGCAUUUUGUCCUAGGCCAUCUUUAACGUCUCCUACCUUCGUCGAUCACGAAACCAGCAACACUACGAUUAAUGAGUCGCCGGAACACUUUUCGAGAUUUACGCCACGUGAUCUAGGUAAUCUGCUACUAUGGACUGUGCCCACUGCGAUUCCGCUGAUUGAAGCACCCCGCGAGUUCUUUAUCAGGAACAAAUCUAGACUCCGUAACGUAGUGAUGAUAUACGUCAACGGGUGGUCGUACGAUAUGAUGAUGGCCACUGGAGUUGGUUUACCGCGAGUGUCAUCCCAGGAAAUACAGAGCGGGAUGUUAUCGUCACAUGAUAACGGCGAUCUUGAAGAAUCAAUCACUCAGGUGAAGAAAAGCGAGCCCCCAUCAUUGCUGAGAUGGAACCAGCGUAUCUGCCACUCCAUGCUAAAACCUAUCCGCACAGGUGUGUGUUGGGCUCGUAUGAAUCAGAGUCAUGGUAAUCUCGGGGGCGUGCACUACGCACCUCUAGUAGUUCCAAGCAUAAAAAAUGAGUUCGAAUCCGACUUAUUCUGGCGUAAUGACGCUCCAAGGGUGCCCAAAAGUAGCUUUAGAACUCAACCUUUACCUGAAAAAGAUCAUAGCCCAGUUUCAGAGCCUUGCAAAGGGGAAUCGAAGCUGAUGGUGGUGGAUCACAUAUCCUGUGCUUCUUCACAUGACAUUGAUAGGGACCAAGAAGAGAUCGCAAAUAUCGGCCGCUUCAGCAGAUCUGAGAAACUUGUAGGUGGUGUUGGGAGUGCUUUUAAACGUGCCCAAGCUUUUGCGAGCGGCCAGUCACCAAGUUCUGUGCCUCCUUCUAUCACUCCUGCGUCGUCCAUCAGUUGCUUGGGAGGUGACUCUGCCAUUAGUCGCGAUGAUAAAGAGUGUAGCCCCAGUACCAAAGGUACGCACGAAGAAGACCCUUCCGCUGCACAGAAUGUUGACCCCAAGGUGCUUCCCACGCUUUGGGAUAGACGGGAGCACUUGUUAAAGUUUGCCCUUCACUUUCCUGAGCACCAAAUUGAGCUCAGGGAGCUGGGUUUUCUACUUGAGAAACCAGGGGCACAAAUUCAUGUAGACCCUAAGGACUGUUCUGCCUCUGGGGACGGUAGUAAAGCGUGCAACAACGCACAGGAAGACACUAAUUGGGAUCUAUUUAGCACAAGCGAUGACGAAGAUGAAUACAGACAAGAUUGUGCGUGGAAAGAGCUCCGGUAUUCAGAGAGACCUCCGCGGGUCUUCGCACUCGAUUGCGAGAUGGUUAUGACCGAGGGACGGGAGAGCUCUUUAGCACGUGCCACUCUUGUCGACGCACGGUCGGCUAAAGUUGUCUUUGACAUGCUUGUGAAGCCACGUACAGAGAUCAUCGACUACUUGACCCGAUUUAGCGGCAUUAACGAGGAGACUCUGCGCGACGUCACGAACACUUUAGUGGAUUGUCAAGCAGCACUUAAAAUGCACAUCCGUAGCUCGGAUUUUAUUGUGGGUCAUUCACUGGAAAACGACUUCAAGGCGUGUCAGAUGAUUCCAAACUGCUAUCUGCUGGACACCGCAUGGCUGUUCCCGCAUCCGUCAGGAUUGCCGUAUAAAAAUUCGCUGCGGUUCCUGGCGAUGCGCUACUUGGGUAAGCGCAUUCAACAGGGGAGCCACGAUAGUGCUAUGGAUGCCCAGAUCAGUCUGGAGCUUGUGCAACUGAAGCUCGAAAGGGGUCCCAUGUUUGGCAUCAGGCAGCGUGUGAACGUGUUGGAUCUGAUGUGCGGCGGCUGUCCUAAUUCCAACGAAGCCCAGGUGUCCAGGAAGGCAGAAAGGUCUCGACAGGACAUCCCUAUCCACAUCCGUCUUUUUGACGACCCUCAGGUGCUAUCCAAUAUUCUUCCGAAGAAAAGCGCAUCCACUGGUGCAGCGCUAAUCGACGCGAUACCAGUCCGCCACGAUGAAGAUGCUGUCCGAAAGGUUGUGCGAGCGCUCCAUAGUCGAAAUCAUAUCGUGUCUCACACCCGGAUAGCUUCAGACGACGAUUCGUACUCCUUCAUGUGGGUUCAGCUCAGAGAAACCGCAGUGAAUGUGCUGGCGCAGCCUUCAUCGGGCUCAGUAACAGCUAUAUUUGACGAGGCAGAACAGUUGCGGCGAGUGGAACUCGUGAACCAACGUAUUUUGCGGGUGAUUGGUGCAUGCCCGGACGAGACUCUUGUGGUGGUAGUCGCCGCAGACUGCAGGGGGGAGGCAGGAGGCAAUCACUUCUCCCGCGCCCAAGGGGCAUGCUUUGGGUUUAUCAAGGACCACACCGCUGUCGGUCCCCCUGCCUCAGCACUUACACUGGAGCCUAAUUCUAACUCAGUUCACCCAUCGAAUGAAUGCGAGACCGGGCAGGCGGACAAUGCAGAGCAUAUUGUGAAAAACCAGUUGGUCACCGCGAAGCCAGAAAGCGUGUCGCCGUCGGUGUCUGCAAUGCCACCAGCCUGCCAACAACAAUGA